AUGAGGUUUACCCAACAAUCAUCAUACGUGAAGAUCUUCUGCUGCCUCGUGCUGUUUCUGGUGGCUGUAAUGGGAAAUUUUACCGCCUUAGUCAAUCUGUCGCGCAGAAAGCACCAAAGGUCUGCGGUAUCUCUGAUGAUGGGACAUCUGGUAGCUGCUGACCUUCUCGUUACCUUCUUCAUGAUACCGCUUGAGGGCGGAUUUCAUCUGAUCGUUCAGUGGUUGGACGGUAACUUGGCCUGCAAGUUUUUCCUUUUCCUUCGUGCUUUCGCUCUCUAUUUAUCGAGUAACGUCCUGGUCUGCGUCUCGUUGGACAGGUACUCCGCGAUUUUACACCCUCUGAGGAAUUACGACGCCCGUCGUCGCGGCAAGAUGAUGCUGUGUGGUGCGUGGAUCUGCAGCUUUUUCUACGCACUGCCGCAGGUACACGAACCGUUCAUAGACGACAGAAAUGUAGUGAACCGUGAACCAAGCUUAUUGGAUGCACCUAUUACAGAACAAAAUCGCGGAGUAAUGCACAGAAAACGCAUGCAACUGAGGCAAAUCGAAUCAGUAGGUAUCACGCACACGCUGGACAUUACACUGAUACACGAACAAAGACGUCGGCGAACACUGAUGCAAAACAGACCGGCUCCGCCGACAAUCGGAGCACUCACAGACAUUGGCACGAAUAACCGAAAUUGCGAACGAAUACGGAAUCGGAUAGAUUUCGAGAAAUCGAUAUAA